AUGACCGACUUUCAGAACGCAACCCGUGGAUUCCUUGGAACACUCGAACCAGGAAUCAUCAAGACACUUUCCGGCGAAACUGUUUGGGACAACAAUGCUUAUGGAUUCCUGGAAAAUGAUCAGCAAUGCCCACCGACAGUCCAUCCAAAACUAUGGCGACAAGGCCAGCUCACGGUCAAACAUGGGCUCUUCAAAGUCACUCAAAGAAUCUACCAAGUUCGUGGCUUUGACCUGUCAAAUAUGACGCUCGUGGAAGGAGAAAAAGGCGUGAUCAUAAUCGAUCCCCUGGUAUCAAAUGAGUGUGCUGCAGCAGCAUUCUCACUAUACAAGAAACAUCGCGGGGAUCGGCCUCUCACUGGCUUGAUCUACUCGCACUCGCAUAUCGAUCACUUCGGCGGUGCACGGGGAGUCCUACCACCAGGAUUGGAGGAUCAGAUCCCUAUUGUCGCCCCGGAAGGAUUCAUGGAGGAAGCGACCAGCGAAAAUAUCUAUGCCGGACCGGCAAUGAGGCGCAGGGCGAGAUAUAUGUAUGGAACCACUUUACCCAGGAGCGUGGAGGGCCAAGUAGGAUGUGGACUGGGAAUGGCUACCUCGAGAGGAACCACAUCGCUGAUUCCACCCAACGUUCUGAUUUCAAAUACCAAUGAUGAAAGACUGGUGGAUGGUGUCAGAAUUGUCUUCCAGAUGGUGUCUGGCACUGAGGCGCCGUCGGAAUUCAACUUCUACUUCCCUGACACCAAGGCACUGUACAUUGCCGAGUGCGCAACCCACUGCAUGCACAACAUUUCCACUCUCCGGGGUGCACUUGUUCGGGAUGCGAAAGCCUGGUCGCGUUACCUUGAUGAAAGCCUUGUGCUAUACGGUGGCGAGGCCGAUGUCUUGUUGGCCGGACACAACUGGCCGACCUGGGGCAGAGCCGAUAUCACUCGCAUGUUAGUUGAGCAGCGUGACAUGUACGCCUUCAUGCAUGACCAGACAGUCCGCCUCAUGAACGAGGGAAUGACAGGUGUGGAAAUUGCAGAGACCCUCAGCCUGCCCCCAGCACUUGACAGCGCCUGGCAUCUCCAGGGCUAUUAUGGAUCACUCAGCCACAAUAUCAAGGCUAUCUAUUCCCGCUACAUGACAUGGUUCGAUGGGAAUCCCGUUAAUCUAUGGAAGCACCCUCCCGCCGAAGAAGGUAAGCGAUACAUCGCGUGCAUGGGUGGUAUCGAAGGAACUAUCACUCUAGCGGAACAAUUCGCCGCCAAGGAUGAUCUGCGCUUUGCAGCUACCCUGCUGGGGCAUGUUAUUGCCGCAGAGCCAAAGCAUACCCGGGCGCGUAGUGCACUCAGCUCGGUGUUUAAGAAACUUGGAUUCGGAGCAUUGAAUGCAACUUGGCGAAACUUCUAUUUAACUGGUGCAGCGGAUUUGGCGCCUGAAAGCACCACUACACCAUCGCCACAGAGCACCAAAACGGUGGACCUCAAUCCAUUGUUGAGCGUGGAGCAGUGGUUGUGUUCUCUUUCUGUUCAGAUUGAUGGUAUACGCGCAGCUGGCAAAUCUUUUGCGAUUGAUGUCACGCUGUCGGAUCAAGGUCAGACCUGGCGCCUCAUUCUGAGCAAUGGUGCCUUGAGUUACCGGAUCCUUUCGGGGAAUACAUCCUUGGAGAAACCGGGACUACACUUCAAAGUGGCCAAAGCUGAAUUAAGAAGUCUACUUCUGUGUCGCAUUAAAGUAGACGCUCAGAUGUGCGAAGGUGACCCGAAGCUAUUCCAAGAUCUGAUGCAAUUUUUCCCGUGGGGAAACAAGCCUUUCGAAAGCCAUCUCUGA